ACUUCCGCGCCCAUCUCGGCAUGACAGAUUCCCAGCCGUGGAAACUCCCCGAGCGGCCCGCGCGAUCCUCUUUCUUCUUCCCGUUUCUGCGUUUCCCGCGCUAGCAGAGCCCGUUCGAUCCCUCUCCGGAGCCUCCAGCAGACGCGGACGAACGUGCGCACGGGAUGGCGAGCAUCUUCUGGGGCGGCGCCCAGGCCGACGAGGUGGCCGACUUCGACGAGCACGACCCCACCCCCUACGGCGGCGGCUACGACAUCACCCUCACCUUCGGCCGCGCCCUCCCGCCCUCCGACGAGAUCUGCUACCCCAUCUCCACCGCCUCCACCUCCUCGUCCUCGUACGACAGCCACGGCGCGGCCGAGCAGCAGCGCAGGAGGCCGCAGGACCAGGACAGCCACGGCUCCGCAGGUCACGGGAGGAGGCCGGAGGAGACACACGGCUCCUCUGCUGGUUACGGGCAAGGGAGGAAGGCGCACGACGACGACGACGACCGGCCCAGCUACGGCCGCAAGAAGAAUGAUGACGACGAUGACGAGGAUAGGCAGCGGCGAUACAAGAAGCGCGACGACGACGACGAUGAUGAGAGGAAGCCACGGCACAAGAAGCACGACGAUGAUGACGACGACGAUGGCGAGAGGAAGCCGCGGUACAAGAAACGUGACGACGACGAUGAUGAUGAGGAUGACAGGAAGCCGCGUUACAAGAAGCGUGACGACGACGACGACGAUGAUAGAAAGCCACGUUACAAGAAGCACGACGACGAUGACGACGACGACGAUGAGAGGAAGCAGCGUCGCGGGAACAACCGCCGCCGCCAUGAUUACGAUGACUGAUCAAGGCAUCCUGACAUGAGUUUAGCUGACGCUAAAUAAGUAUAGUCGCGGCGGCUUUGCUUCGAUGAAUCACCAGUUCGUAUUUUUUUUAAAAGCAUUUUUCAUUUCACUAUUCACCGGCCAACAUGCAUCCAAUAUGCCUGAGAUUCUCUUAGCAAUAAAUGUGCAGUUUGACCUGUUUGUGUUUCAA